UAGAGGUGCAAAGGCACCACUCUCACCAGUGAGUGGGAAUCUGGCUAAUUUUACAGACACAACAGGGGAACACCACUCAGAAAUUUGGACUGACCUUUGGACUACAAUAUAAACAAGAAUAGAAGCUGUGUUGCUUGGACUGAAUUGAUCUGAUCUUAUAUUCUAGCACACAAGGAAAUAUUACGGAUUACCCAAAUUAUUCACCUUUGCACAGAACAUUGACUCUCCAACAGUUUCAGUGUCUGUGGAGGAGACUUAAUUUCAGGAACUCUUUCAAAGAAUUCACAGUGCAUCCAAGUUUGAACACACCUCUCAAUUUCUUCCUUUUUUCUCAAGUCUCCAUCAUUAAACUCUUUCAUCAUGGUUGUGGGUAAGAUGAAGUUAACUUUUCAGAAAAGGGUCAAGUUGGCCCAGGGUUUAUGGCUGCUCUCAUGGAUGGCAACUCUGGGUGGAGCGGUUACCUUCACUUUAGGAUGCUUCCUAAAGACUGAACUUCGAAGGAGGGGAGAGGUAAUGGAUAACACAGACAUCCACUGUGUGCCCAACACCUUGAUGAUUGUGGGUCUGGCUUCGAUGGUCAUCAAUUACUUUGCUGGUCGAAUUUGCCAGGACGCCCUAGAUGCUGGGCGUUUCCCACGAUGGAAGACCUUCUUAAAGCCCUAUUUUGGAUGCUCAGUAUUCUUCACCACCCUCAUGCUGAUCUCAGUCAUCUUGAGUUACGUCAUGAAAGGCAGUCUGGAGACCUCCUUGAAGAUUGGGCUAAAAAAUGGCAUCCGCUUCUACAAGGACACUGACACCCCUGGCCGUUGCUUCCAGAAGCAGACCAUGGACCACCUUCAGAUGGAGUUCCAGUGCUGUGGUAACAAUGACUACAAAGAUUGGUUUGAGGUGCAGUGGAUCAGCAACCGUUACCUGGAUUUCAGCACUAAGGAAGUUAAGGAUCGCAUUAAAAGCAAUGUGGAUGGCCGUUACCUGGUUGACGGUGUGCCCUUCAGUUGCUGCAACCCUAGUUCCCCCAGACCCUGUAUCCAAUACAAAAUCACCAACGACACUGCCCACUACAACUAUGAGCACAAGACCGAAGAACUCAACAUCUUCACUCACGGUUGCAGAGAAGCCCUGGUCAACUAUUACAUGGGGCUGAUGAACACCAUAGGAGCUGUAGUACUGUCCGUCUUUCUGAUUCAGUGCUCAGUGCUCGCCAGUGUGCGCCUCCUCCAGACUUCUAUGGAGGCCAUUGCGGGACAGGAGAACGUAGAGAUUGAAACAGAAGGCUAUUUGCUGGAGAAGGGUGUAAAGGAGACCUUCAUGGAGUAUGUGGAUCCUGUGCUGAAACUGCUGUUACUGAACCAGGUAUCUCCUCCUGAAGGCAAAGCUGAAGCUGGGGCCGCUGGGACAACAACUACCACCAGCUAAAGAAUCAGAUUUUAUCAGACCAAUGAAGUUAUUUCAGUUGGAGGCUGAGAAGGCCUCUCAGUUCUGUCGAAUAAUAUAUCAAUGUUUUGGAAUUUUUUUUUUUUUUUUUUAUAUAAAUAUAAGUCUGUUUCAAUUACCCAAUUGUACAUCUAAAAUUUUUUUUAUUUUUUUUUAUUAAUACACUAAAAUCUUUAACCCUAAAAUUAACAAAUCCUGAUCAACAGUAUCAACAUGUAACAUUUCCACCAGGGUAAUGAGAAGUCUCCACUGUCAAUACUGUCAAUCCUGUUGCACCGUCUACUUGACUAGUCAGUUAUUUUUGCCACUAGUAUUGGGUCUGUUCUGUGGCCAAGCAUUGUUACUGAAUUAAGCUGCACACUGCAUGGUGAGUUAUUUACAAGGUACAUAUUUACCUUCCAACUAGUUGACUAGUCAUAUCAGUAACCUUAUAAAAGCUGUCUUAUUCUACAUAUAAAACAGCUUUUAUAAGGUUACUGAUAUGACAGUCUUCAUUUUAAUGUGAGUGGUCAUGAUUUACUACAUAUAUUGCAAAAUUACAAUUCAUGUCUUUAUGAGUUAAACUUUUUUAAUGAAGAAAAAAUUACUUAGUGCACCUUUAAAACUGAAAUAAUUUUUUUUUUUUUUUUUUUUUUUUUUUUUUUGCAUUCAUUCAGCAUGGAAUUAAAUGGAUUUUAAAUGUUAUAAGAUGGUGUAGACCAGUGGUUCUGAACCAGGGGACUUCAGCACACUUCCAAGGGGGCCUCAUGUAGAAAUAUUAAAAUAAUUCAACUUAAUUAAAAUGCUAAAAAAAAUACUUUAAGAUGUAUGCCUACAAAUUAUAAACAGACUCUUUCUGAAACUUCUAGAAUAAAAUAUUAUCCAUGAUUAAUUAUUUUAAUCAGACACGUCUAGUUUUGGGCGAGGGGGCCUUCAAAUAUUGUCUUGGACAGUGGGGGACCUUGGAGUCAAAAAGGCUGAGAACCACUGGUGUAGACAAUGCUCAAUGCUCUGGAAAUGCUAUAAAACUCAAUACUGCACUCGUGGAACUCUACAGAAAACUAUAAUUAUCAGGUCUAAUAAAAUCUGACCUAUUGAACUGCUUUGUUGUGUAUAGCCAUUUUAUGGAAAUAGACGUAUACUGUAUUCC